AUAAACUCCCGCGCUCAGGCGGGACGCGGCACAAACGCAUCUCUAACGCCUCAGAGAGAUCGAUCGAUCGAUCGGGACAGUGAACGGAUCGAUCAGAGGAAUAAAACGAACUCUUGACGGCGGAUUUAGUUUCUGCGAGAAUUCAACAGAUCACAGUGUGUAACAUGGAGCCUGUUUUACCUGGAUUCAGAAACACACUAAAGCGUCAGGCGGCGUUUGAGAUGUUCGAGGACCCCAUGUCUCUGUUCUCGGGCUUCUAUCCGGUCGAGGAGGAGCAGGCCGCUCAGGAGGUCCCGUCCGGUCUGGACUGUUUCUCUCAGGGUAAAUCAAAGCAGCACAAACACAGUUUAUCAGAACGCUUCAGGAGGGAGAACAUAUUAGAUGCAUUAAGUGUCCAACAUGAUGUUCCUCUGCUGACCCCCUGCAGUAAAGCUGUGGUCAGUCAGGCGCUGAAGGACAGCUUCAACGGCUUCUCCAAGGUCCAGCGCGUCUGCGGGAUCUCCAGCAACCCAUGUAAGUGGACCAAGCAGCACGUCCUGCAGUGGCUGUACUGGGCCUCCGGAGAGUUCAGUCUGACCAACAUCAGCUUCUUCAAGUUUGACAUGAGCGGGCAGGAGCUGUGUGACCUGGGGAAGGACGGCUUCCUGGACCUGGCUCCGGACUUCGUGGGAGAUAUCCUGUGGGAGCACCUGGAGCAGAUGAUGAGAGCGUGUCAGGAGGACGACGAGGCCAAAGUCUUGAGUCGCUCGUCUGAGAGCAGCUGGACCGGCGGCAGUCUCGGUCUAGACGACUGUUCUCUGAAGGUCCCUGAUGUCCGUGGCAGUCUCCUGCGGGAGCUCUUCGAGGCGUCCGAGGACUCGGGUCAGCAGGCGUCCAUGUACCCCAGACCUCAGCUCAGCACGGUCAGCGUCAGCUACUCCGGCCGGGAGAGGAGCGCAGUGUCGUCUCUGGAGAGCGUGGACAGCGCAGACGGCUCCGAGAGCGUGCUCCGGUCCUGGGGAAGUCACUCGUCCCUCGCAGACGCCCAGCGAGUCCCGUCCUACGACAGCUUCGAGGAGGAGCUCGGCCUGGCUCCGCUGGGCCUCGGCAAACAAGGCCUGUCCUUCAAAGACUACGUCCAGGAGAGGAACGAGCCGCUGGAGCAGGGCAAGCCGGUCAUCCCCGCUGCGGUCCUCGCCGGCUUCACCGGAAGUGGCCCCAUCCAGCUGUGGCAGUUCCUGCUGGAGCUGCUGACCGACACGAGCUGUCAGAGCAUCAUCAGCUGGACCGGAGACGGCUGGGAGUUCAAGCUCACCGACCCCGACGAGGUGGCGCGGCGCUGGGGAAAGAGGAAGAACAAGCCGAAGAUGAACUACGAGAAGCUGAGCCGAGGCCUGCGCUACUACUACGACAAGAACAUCAUCCACAAGACGUCGGGGAAGCGCUACGUCUACCGCUUCGUCUGCGACCUGCAGAACCUGCUGGGAUACACGGUGGAGGAGCUGCACGGCAUGCUGGGAGUUCAGCCGGACACCGAGGACUGAGAGCUCACGCCACGUCCGGACCUCGGAGCAGGUCUGUGUUUGAAGAGAGCGGUUCACGCUGACCUGAACCCACACUUUGACUCGGCCAGGAGGUCCUGAGCCGCCGAUUUAUUGAGACGCGCUUUUUCAGGUUUGAAUCCCUUCUGGUGGCCUUUCUGAGAGACGAUCGCUCUGAACUCUGAACUCUUUCCUCCCCGCGCGCCGAGUGCUGUUUCUCUAGGGGUCGCUCCUGAACGAGCACAGAGUCGCUCGAAAACAGAAGCGGCGGCGAGGAAGACGCAGAAACCCGCAGCGAGUCUGAGAGCGCGUGAAGAUGGAUCCAUCUGCUGCUUCGGUUACGUUACUGGAUAUGAUCCUGAUGUAGUGUUUGAUUAAAAAUGCGAUUUUUCUCAGCUUUUUGCUCAAAGUGUUGCUUUUUAUGAAACCUACAUAUUCACGACGCUAACAAUGCUUGAAGCUAGAAUAAGACAGAUGAUUAUUAUUAUUAUUAUUAUAUGACUAUUUUUGGAAGCAGAGGGUCUGAUCUUUAUUUUGAUGUAUUGCAUGUUCAGAUAUUCAUACACUAAAUGUCCUUGACACGCUCGGCCUGAACGCUGACGGGGAAAGAGUUUAUUUCUGUGUUCCUGCGCCGCUGGUUUCUGCUCAGGUCAAAGGGACGUGGAGGUUUCGCGUCUGAAUGUUUACGUUUACCAAAGUUAGGAUGCGGUGAACCUGGACUGAAGCUGAACGCUGCCUUCGACGAUGAUUGUCUGGUUCUGAUCUCAGGAUCAAUGUGUGCUGACGUCUGCGCAGGAAGAAGACGUUUAUUAUUAUCUUAAUUUAUACAGAAAGCGUGUGAUUUCUUCCUCACGGUGUCCUUCUGUCUGUCUGUAUAUAAGUGAGGUGUGUGUUUCGGUGGUUUAUGUACAGUUCUCUUCAGAGCCGGUCUGUUUUGCAGAGAAAUAUGAAAAGAGUUUUAUGAUGAUGACUUUUAUUGAUCUGUUCAAGUGUUUUUAAGAGAGCCAGCUUCUCUCUUUACUAUCAAGCCUUUAUUAGUCAAAGCAGCGCUGUUUUGAGCGUCUCACACACACACACACACACACACACACACCUGGGGAAACAUGUUCUUCAGGAUCUGUGUGUUUGAUUCAUGAGAAUCUGUUCAGACGUGUAUCUUUGUCAUGAGUAAACGCUGCCAGCGGUUCAGUAUCUCUGUGAAAAUCAACAAAUAAAUUCUCUUUAAAUGA